AUGUAUAACGGUAUUGGUAUAACAACACCACGUGGUACAGGUACAAAUGGUUAUGUUCAAAAAAAUUUAUCUUUUGUUCCAACAAAACGUGAACGUGUUGAAUAUGUUAAAGAUGCUGAGAUAAAGAAACUUGAAACUUUAAUUGAAAAAAAAGGUAAUGCAGAAAUUCUUGAACAUGAAAAAAAACGUCGAAUUGAAGUUAAAUGUAUGGAAAUGCGUGAUAUGAUGUUAAACAAUGGAUAUGAUGAAGAAGUAACAAAUCAAAAAGUACAAAAAUUUCGUAAAAUGCUUAUUGAACGUGAAGGUCUUUAUGACAAAACUGAAGUUGAAUAUGAUGAAUAUGGACGUCCUGUUGCAAAAGAAACUCAUCAAUUAGCACAAGCAAAUGAUGAAAAAAAUCGAAGAUUACGUGAAGCAUUUGGUAUUGGGGAAUUUGAUAAAAAGAAGAUUAAUGAAAAAAAAGCUGAAGAAGUAAAAGAAGCUGAACGACGUAAAAUUGAAGUAGCUAAUAAACAAUAUACAAUUGUACCAGAAGUAGAAGAAGUAGACGAAGUUGAAGAACGUGAACAACCAACAAAGGAUAAAGAAAAAAAGAAAGAUAAAGAAGAUCGUCAUCGUCAUAAAUCUCAUGAUGAAAAAAAACGUAAAUCAUCACCAGAAAUUACUAAAGAACGUAGUAGUCAUAAACAUUCAAAAAAACAUCGAAAUGAACAUAGUGAUGAUGAAGAAUCACGGCAUCAUCGACGCCGUGAACGAUCACCAUAA